GCCUUCGCGCGGAGGCGCUCGCGAACCUAGCCUGAAUUAGCAUAGCAUACCACGAGCGAAUUUGACAGGUAAGCGAGAGAGAAGUCCGUUCCCUUCACCCGACACGGCUUAGCUGAGUGACUCAUGGCGAAAGUAAACGGCGGGGCGGCUGGCUGUAGGGCUAUUGUAAUGGCCGGGCAGUUUCUGUCCAAGCCAGCGCCGCCUCUCGCUCAGCCGCAGAAGAACUCUGGUCAGCGAAAACUCGCUAAAAUUCAGCGGCGCAUGCUGUCCGUCACUCCCGCCGUACAGACGAACAGGAUUCCCGUCCAGUCGCAGCUCGACGCGCCCAACUUCAACGCGUUGUCGGAGCGCGGUGUGUGGUCGAACCGCUCGCUGGUCUACCGGGACGUCAAAGCGUUUCUCAAUGAACUCGGCGGGGAUCCGCGGGAGGCUCGGUACUGGCUGACGCAAUUUCAGCGAGCCAACGUGUGCAAAGCGCCUGCGUUCGCCGUGAUCGAGAUCGACCCUUCGGUUUUCAAGAGCUGUGAGAUGGUGCAGAGCCUGGCAUUCGGCUUGUCCUUCCUGCAGCGCAUGGACAUGAAGACCGUGGUGGUAAUGGGACUUCCUCCUGAGCUGUUGAAAGAAAACUGUGUGCCAGAUGGGCCCGUUUCCUCUGACAGCAGGACUGUACUGAUUAAAUAUUGCCAAGCUCUUGCCGAGGCCCUGCAUCUCAGCUCGGCCAGCGUCAUUCCUUUCUUUAGUGCCGAGUCAAUGCUGCGACUUCAGGAGCCUCAACACAGGAGCAGUGCUGCUACUUCCAUCGUCGUAGACACAACCCUACUUCAGUGGAGUCUGGACUGUGAUGCCAUUCCCUUGGUGUGCCCUGUGGGCUGUGAUACAACUGGCUGCUCCACUCUUCUCAAUUCAGUCGACGUCACCGUAGCCAUCUCUCGAGCUCUUCAGCCCCUUAAAGUCAUGUUCCUGAACAGCUGGGGGGGACUCCUUAACCAGAACCUAAAGGUACUCGGUUCUGUGUCCCUGCCGAGUGACCUGCCGCUGUUGUCCUCAGCUGAGUGGUUGAGUGUGUUGGAGCGCAGGCAGGUCAGCGCUAUUGCUCAUCUCCUUAACCAGCUCUCUCCAGAGAGCUCAGCAGUCAUCACUUCAGCUAACACGCUUCUUACUGAACUCUUUAGUCAUAAAGGUUCUGGCACUUUGUUCAAAAAUGGAGAUCCCAUUCACAAGUACAGCAGCCUUGAGGGCAUCGACACAGACCGUCUCCUGGCUCUAAUUAACAAAUCAUUUGGGAAGACGCUAAAGGAAGAAUACAUCAGUUCUCUUAAGGACAAACUUCAUUCCAUCUAUCUAUCAGAAGGGUACAGCGCAGCAGCCAUCAUCACUUCUGAGCCGGUCAACAGUGGGACUCUGUAUCUGGAUAAAUUUGUGGUGAGUGACUGCAAACAGGGCCAGGGCACCAGUCAGAUCCUCUGGGAGUGUAUUCGUCAGGACCUGGGGAAGCUCUUCUGGAGAUCUCGUGUGAACAAUCGCAUCAACCCUUGGUACUUCAAGCACUGUGAUGGCAGCUUCGCCAACGGCCAUUGGAUCGUGUUCUGGUUUGGCUUGUCAGAUAUUCGUGAGUCAUACGAGCUGGUCGAGUAUGCCAAGCAACUCCCAGAAUCGUUCUGCCAAAACUCUGAGAACGACACUUCUAUCCAGCAGGUGCCUGUGGGCUCUUAAACACUCCUUCUUCAUUUCACACCCUGGAUUUCAGCAUAGGCAUGCCUGUGUACCGUUGACAUGACAACGAUGGGGGGCAUUAUUUUUAAGCUUGGGGUUGGUUAGAGUGGGGUUCCUGCUUGUGUUUGCAAGAUUUCAUUUAGCUUUGAUUUUAGAUACAGUUCAGCCAUUCUGACAGUCCUGCUUUUACAUGGCAGGUGUACAGGACAUUAUACAGAUUAUACAGGACAUUCAGCUGUAAAUACAGGGUGUUAAAACUCCUUAUUAAAAAUGUUUACAGUAUAUGCUCUAGCAGAUGGUGCCAGUGGUACACUGUAGAACUGUUCACCAUCUGUGAAUUACGAAACUGUAGCAAUUAUUCACCGCUUUUUUUUAUGAUGAUAUUUUGAUACUAAAUGGUCAAGGUGACUGGUUAUGACAGCCUUAUUGAUGGCUACAAUACUGUGCAAAAGUCUUAAGACACUCCUCACUUCAUCUCCUCUUAUUGAAUUUAAUUAUGUAUAUUAAUUUUAAAAAAUUGGAACAAAAGUUCCACUGUAAGAAGCUGCAAAGUGCCUAAAGAUACAAUUAAGAAAUUGGUUGUUUUUCUAACAACUUCAGCAGCAACCUCAAUUCCCCUCUCGUUUGUUUCAUCCACAUUUAGCACCACCGGUAUACUCUGGUACACCUGUUUCUCACUGGUUCAUGUCUUAAUUUCGAUGGUUUUACAGGGACUGUAGGUCCCUGUGUUGGUUAACAAUCAAAAAGCAUUCCUCUGAAACUGUGAUCCAAAACCGUGCCAAAAAAUUCAAGCCAGGUAGCCUGGACUAGUAUUCCUCAAAGCUACACUAAAAAGUGCAGGAAAGUCUGGCUCUUUGGAAGCAAAAUAUAAAGACAUAAAGGGUGGCUUAAAACCUUUGUACAGUGUUUGACUGUCACGCAAGUUACUAAUUUGGUCUAAAGCACUACAAUGUCUGAUAGUCAGACUCAAAAAGCGUUGUUAUAAAACAUAAAUGAAUUAAUAAUUUUGCAUCUGGAAAAUGUACUCGGUGGGUUUACGUUAUAUAUUGCGGGCCAUGCUGUGUUGAUGCACAACUAUUCUACAUGUUACAUUAGCCUACAAUUUCUUUCACCUCAGCAUUUUCCUGAGUUUCUUGGGUCAAAGUGCUGUAUCUUAUUCCCAUGUGAUGUUUUACAUGGAAAUAAGAGAUAAUCAAGGACUAUUUGUCUUGAAGUCAUGGAGCAGAAUAUCUGAUUGGAGUAGAUCUUUUGCAUGGGCCCUAAGGCAUUAAACCAGUGCACAGGUACUUGAUGAGCUGUUUAUCUAACGUGUACUUUCUGUUAAUGGCAGAGCAAAUCAGAACUACAUUCAUGUGGUAGCGUGUGGUUCUGUCUGUGUGUAAAGAUGACAAUAAAAAAAACUCUUAAGGUUUCACUUGAA